GUUCAUGCAAAUAGCGAUCAUUUGAUAAGAUAACGUGCAAAACGCCAACAAACGUGCUUAGACCAGUCCAGAAACCGUUAAUAGAAAUUAAGGGAUUGCCCAAUAACCUUCUCAGUUGAGUCUUUUCCAAAGAAAUAUGAAAGCAACGAGAACACUGUGGAUGGAUUCAAAGAUAAAUUUGUGGGUUUUGCUGCUACUAGCCUCCGUGAGAUCAAUCCAUUGUGGAGACGAUGUAGUGACCAGCUUUUUCAGUGAUUACGAUAACGCUAUGCGACCUGGCUUUGCAGAACAAGCCAAGGCGACCAUUGUCGAUGCCGAUAUAUACGUGGAAUCCUUUGGAAACAUAGAAGAAGCAAACAUGGAAUACAGGGUGUAUACAUACUUCCGACAAAAAUGGACGGAUGGACGUCUGGCGGGAAAACUCAACCGCACCCUUACCAUAAAAGGGGGUGAUAUAGAGAACAUUUGGGUUCCAGAUCCCUACUGUUACAAUGCACGUGAGUCGAACAUGAUGAUGCCAGAUGAAGAAACACACAGCAGUGUCACUAUUCAGCAAAGUGGAGAUGUGUUGUACAGCAAAGGGGUAACCAUACUCGCUUCAUGCAACAUGGAUCUACGUACUUUUCCACAUGAUACACAGAAUUGUUUUCUCACGUUUGGAAGUUAUAGUUACACCACUGAGGACAUCGUGUUUGAAUGGAACACAACUGAAGUAGCUGUGGGAACAAAGGCGAUGGCUCAGUUCGUAUAUGAAGGCAGCAAGUUAUCGUCUGACAUAAAUGUCUUUUCCAUAGGAAAUUAUUCCACUAUCACCGUGACUUUCUCCUUCAAAAGAAGAAUCGGCUACUACAUCAUCCAAGUCUACUUUCCAGACAUUUUCGUCGUAGCACUAAGCUGGAUUGUUUUCUGGAUGGAUAAAGAUGACAUGGGCAACAGAAUGGCCUUGGGAAUCACUACCAUAUUGACCAUCAUGUUCCUCCUCGGAUCCUUGAACGGGACCCUGCCUAAAGUGAGCUACCCCAAGGCUUUGGACUGGUAUCUGUUGAUAUCGUUCACCUUCGUGUUUUUUGCGAUGGUGGAAUGUAUGAUCGUGUUUGUACUGACUCUGAGCGCCAGUGAAGACAAAGAAAAGAUUAAGUGUAAGGUUAAAGAAAAGCCUUUGGGGAGAAUGAUUUCUCAAUCCAUUAAAUCAGCCAUUGGUGCAAACAAGGGUGCCGACUCUUCUGUAGCCAACGACCAUAUCACUUACAACAAAGGUUUCGGAGACGAUGAUCUCGAGAUGGUUGACCACGCGAGCAAAUCCGAUAAAUCUGUUGUGGAUGACUCAUCUCUUGCAGAUCUCAUCGGCAAGAGCAAAAAGGAGACAGCAGCAGACUUUGUUGACAAAGUAUCCCGAUAUCUCUUUCCACUUUUGUUUAUUGCAUUCAAUGUUGCAUAUUGGGUUUUCUUUACCAUUUUUGUUUGAGACUGAUUAGCUGAAGACCGCUUUUGAAACUGAAAGAGCAUACACAAAAAAAAUUUGCCAAGGGAACUCUUUGAAGUCGAAUCCGCUUAACAAUUUCCUUUGUACUUGUUAACUGACUGAUUUGAUUAUAUAGCUGCAGUCAGCAUAGAGCAAGUUUUCCAUCGCACCCUUCACUUAUAAAAAUGAAAAGCAACGGAAAGAUAUAUUACAACGGAAAACUUAGUAAGUUGAGUUUCCCUCAAAAAGGCAAAACCUUGGCAAGUGUUCUUAGCGAGAUAUCUAUACUAGCAAAAACCUGGCAUGCCAGUUUUGGAAGAGGUCACUUAUAACAAGAAGAAGCACAGCAACAUUUUUCAUGUACACUGAAAAGCAAAAUUUGUGAGAAAUAGCUGGUGAGGA